UUGUGGGAGUUGGAGUAUGUACAAUCUACCAAAUCAAGAGCUAGUAUGAUGUAAACAAGGAAGUCGGCAAGGAAAUAGAAAAGGAACACUCGGAGCGGCCUACAGAAUGGAGAAAAAACACAGAAAUAUUCUCCAAUGCAAUCGAGUCAAUCUUGUGAAGGCACUGGACCCAUCAGAUAUGUUUGACAGACUCCUUUCAAAAAGAAUUUUUACUCAGGAUAUGAUCGAUGAGAUUAAGAGCUCAGGGACAAGACGAGAUCAGGUCAGGCAGUUGGUUCAAGACCUGGAGACCCGAGGGAAUCAGGCAUUCCCAGCUUUUAUAGAGUGCCUUCAUGAGACAGGGCAACAUAACCUGGCAGAUAUCCUUCUGGGUGGUGAACCACAAAUCCGGCCUUUACCCAUCCAGUCCCGGCCCAUUGUUAGGCCAUUGCCAGUUUACUCUCCUAUGGACAUCAACAAGCCUGUCUAUCCAGCUCAAUCAGUUACAUUGACACCGACCCCUCCUAGCUAUCCAGCUCAUUUGUAUCAGCCGCUGACCACCUCUCCCAGCCUAGCCCCAGACAUGGAGAAUGGAAAACCCAGGUCUACAGAGAGAGUUAGACGUGACAGUAUUCAGAGUUAUAAAAUGGAUGCCAGCCCAUGUGGACACUGCCUGAUCAUAAACAAUGUGGAUUUUGAGCCUCUGUCAGAGCUGAGUAAUCGCACAGGGUCGAACAUAGACUGUGACAAGCUGGAGAGAAGAUUCAAAUCCCUCAACUUUAUUGUCCUUGUCAAGAAAAACCUGAAAAAGAAGCAAAUUAUGCAAGAGUUAUUGGCUUUGUCUGAGAAGGAUCAUUCACAAUUUGACUGCUGUGUGGUGAUCAUGUUAUCUCAUGGCACAGAGGUUAGUCACAGUCGCUUCCCCGGAGCCGUACAUGGAGUGGAUGGGCCCAGUGUGCCAGUUCAGUUGAUCACCAAUUACCUUAAUGGUAAAAAUUGCCCUUCUCUACAGGGCAAGCCCAAGCUGUUCUUCAUUCAGGCUUGUGGUGGAGGCGAUAAAGACACAGGCUUUGAGGUGUCUCCCGAUGAGGCGAGUUGUAUUAUGGGAGGACCGGACGAUGAGUCAGACGCCAUGCCCUUGUCCUCCAGCAGUGACUCUUUGAGCACUCCGUCUGACGAGCUAGACGCCCGAGCCACUCUGCCUACCCCCAGCGACAUACUAGUGUCCUACUCCACCUUCCCAGGUUACGUCUCAUGGAGAGAUCCAUGGGCCGGUUCCUGGUAUGUAGAGACACUGGACAAGAUCUUAGAAGUGAAUGCUGCCAAUCUUGACCUGGCCACCAUGUUAAUGCUUGUGAAUAAUGAAGUUUCGCAAAACUCAGCCAAAGGCCUUUACAAGCAGAUGCCUGGUUCAUUUAAUUUUCUACGCAAACAUCUCUACUUUCAAGCCCAACCCUGCCAAUGACCCAUCCUGUCAUGACAACGCAGUCCUAUUAUCCACCUGUUUGUAUGUGAGUUAUCUGGAAACUGGGCUUGUUUGUACAUUAUUAUUCAUUUAUACAGUUUGUUUGUUCAAUAUGAUAUGAUCAUUUUGUAUCUGUAAAAUGGAUUGUGAGAAAUUGUGUCAAAAAUGUAUUUUUGCGCAGAUAUUAUGUUCUGAUCCUUCCACAACAAUUCUGGGAAGCAUGCAGUUUAUUUGGCUUAUAAGUGGUGAUUAACUUGACAUGGGGGCGUAGGUGCACCGGGAGGAGCUUGAUGCUCCAUUCCAGUAAUUAAUGAGGGUCUUAUUCUAGUGACAUGAUUGAUGCUUGGCUACCAUUUGAAAAACGAAGUAAAUAAAAUGUUUUUUAUUUAAAAUGUCAUGAUGUAGUUUGCCAGCACUGUAUUUCCAUGGGCUAUUUGCACAUUCCAAGACCAGGGGGGGCACAAUGGCCAUUUGACCCAAUUGUUUUAUGACAAAUCUGCCUAUAGAGAUGAAAAUGCCCUGUUUUUCCACUGCAUUUUACAUUUUUAUUCAACACAUGGAAACCUAUGUGGAAAAGUAGGUUCAGAGGAAACACCACUAGUGGGACAAUGUAUGUAUUUUCUUAAGUUUCUCACUUGGAAUUGUGGAAAUCUUGAUAUUCUCAGGACAUGUUUGUAUUUUUAUGUGCCCUUAAACAACAAUGAAUGUUUGUUCUUUAUAUUUCUUGUAUUUACAUUAUAUUUCUUGUUUGAGCUUACAAUAUUGCAAAAUCAUUGUGGCAAAAACAAAAAGUGAAAAUUAAUGGUUUAGGAGAAUGGAACUUUGUGACAACUGCUGUUGUAAAAAGGGCUUUAUAAAUAAAUUGAUUGAUUGAUUGAUUGAAUAUCAGCACGAUUGUUGUCUAUACUAAUGGUCAGAAAAUCCAAAGAUUUCUGUUUGUUUAGUGAUGUUUAUUUUUUUACAUUAAUGGGUUUUCAAAGGGUAUUCUGUUUCUGGUUGUAUUUCUAUACUAUUUAAAAAAAAA